AUGAAAACGAACGAUAAAACAAAGUUUCCACCAUCGAAAGGUGGUGCAUCGGGUGGCCAACGAAAUGGAAAGCAUCGUGGACAAGGAAAACGAAAGGAACCCUUCUUCCAACCUGUUGUGUCCAAAUCGGAAAGUAAUGCACACAACAAGGAUAGAGGCAGCGGCACAGGCGGUCGAUCAUACGGAAAGCAUGGUGCGGGAGUACAUAAAACUGUAGCCUUCAAACCAAAACAUGAACAUCGGCAAGGAAAGGAAAGCAAAAAGCCGAUCAAUGAUAACAAACGACAGAACGGUCGACCACAACAUGGCAAGCAGAAGCAGCAGCAACACCACCAGUAUGGCAAUAAACGUUCACCUGCACCAACGAAGCCAUCGGUCCCAUCCGAGAUCCGAUUUGAUAGCAAGCCGGAAAAGGUAAACUAUUGUCUGGCACCCGAACGGUUGGAAGCACAAACAAGGGCGAUUAAACAGUUCGAGCAAAAAGAACGGGAGGAAGAGAUCGUGCGCAAAAAGCAAGAUCGCCAGCAGAAGCAUAAAAUGAUGACGCAGAAAACGCGCAAGGGACAGCCGGUAAUGCAGGGCCGGCUAGAGUUGCUGUACGAAAAGGUCAAAAAGGUGGUCGGCGUGCAGUGAGCGGAG